GUUAGUUAUUCACCACAAUAACCCUGAGUUUGACCUCAGGAAAAGUGAUACUCAUUUCCAUCAGCAUAGUUUCACGUGUCAACAAACCACAUAAGCAAGACACAUUUAGCACUGCCUUUCCAAGUGUGUGUGAUAACCAGCUCUGUUAUACAGAUGUACACGUGGCCUAGAGAAAAGCAGUCAUGUGGAGGAAUGAGACGGACAUGAACGGCUAUCACAAGGAUGAUUCCUGCAAUGAAGAAAAUUUUGAAACAUCUACAUACCAGUGUAACGAUAUGAAGGAUGGACCACAGGUUGGUGGACUAAGGCAAGAUCUAAGAAGUAAACGUAUACAGGAGCUAGUAGCCACUGAGCGCGACUAUGUAACUGAUCUGGAGGCUCUCCUACAUGUGGCCGACAGAACCCGGUACUUUAUCAUAAAUCCUCAUAUCCUCUUGGGCAACACAAAGCAGGUUUUGGCGGUGGCACGGCGACUUCUUCGUGGAAUGGAAGAGAUGAACAGAAGAACUGAGAAGGAGCAGGAACUGGGACAUCUGUUUCUUAAUUAUACAGAAAAAUUGACUCAAAUCUAUCGAGAAUACUGUUCCUACUACAGUGUUCGCGUUCUACCUCUCUUAAAAAAGUAUGAAGAAGAUGACAAGGCAAAAAAGGAGCUGAAGCAGCUGGCAGAGGACCUGAAGAGUUUACGGCCUAAUACCAACUCCCUCAACGCAGCUCUCAUCAAGCCUGUGCAGCGCAUUCUCAGGUAUCCGUUAUAUCUGGACCAUCUUUUAGAAGACACCCCUAGCACACAUCCUGACCUCCCUCUCCUACAGGAGGCUCGCACUCGUCUUGUCACUGCUGCCGCCCACAUCAAUGAGUACACCCGUGGCCUAGAUUUGGCAAUAAAAGACUACUCGGACGGGGAACAUUCACUGCAUGGCAGAAUGAGAUCCUUCAGUCUUCACUCGCUGGCGAAGAAAUCUAUCCGUAUGCCUACCAUCCUCUCUCGGCGACUAGGCAUCAUGGGUCAGGCUGAAUGCAGCAAGUUUGAAGAAGAGAAAGCAAAGUUCUACAGUUUACAACGAGCAACGAUAGCUCUUGAAAACCAUAGCACGGCUCUUCUAAAGGAUGUGCGAGCCAUGCAUAUUUCCGAAUUGCUUGUUCCUGAGGCUCUUAGUGAUAUCAUGCAGGCAUCCUACAUAGAGACCAUUAAACAAGCAGCAUGUGAAUCGUAUGACAGAGCUCUCAAGGCAUUCGACACUGCAGUUAUGGAGCGCGUGUUGAGGCCAACCAAGGAACUGGCAACACUGUGUAAGGUUCCUGCGCGAGUCAUUAAGAAGUAUCAUCAGAAAAAGCUUGAUUAUGAUGCUUCUAGCCGUAAGAAAUCAGCAAGAGAUGAACUCAAGAGCACUGAUAAGCCUAAUGUUGGGGAAAAAAACAGAAACGUGGAGAUCUAUGAAGCUCUUGAAUCCCUUCUUCUGGCAGAAUUGCCGGUGCUGACUAUCCAUGGCCUGGAGGUGAUCAUCACAGCCCUCCAAAACCUUAUUGUUGCUCGUCUGUGUUUGCAGGGACGAAUGACGCAUAUUUACCUUCAAUUGGCUCAAACUGAAAACAUGGAGCCAAUGCCAGCACAAGUCAGGGCACAACAGCAGAUGGAGUGGUUACUAAGACGGCUCCCUCACAGUCUACAAAAGAAGCAUGUUGUCAAGGAUCACCAUGGAAGUGUAUCACGCAAAAUCAAAAGGGCGACAAACGAACGUAAGAUCCCACCUGCCCAGCUACAAGCUACUGCUCACGAGUCCACUUUUUAUGGUGAUGCUUCAGAAGAAAAGGCGACACACGAAAGUAAGAGGAGCCCACCUACCCAGAUACACGCUGCUGCUCACGAGUCCACUUUUUAUACUGAUGCUUCAGAAGAAAAGGCGACACACGAAAGUAAGAGGAGCCCACCUACCCAGAUACACGCUGCUGCUCACGAGUCCACUUUUUAUACUGAUGCUUCAGAAGAAAAGACCUACACUGCUCUCUACUGCUUCAUUGCUGAGGAUGAUACUCAACUCAGCUUACACCCAGGCAUGAAGGUGGUGCCCAUUCUCAAGAACGCGGUUGGAGGAUGGUGGUUUGUUAAAGCAAUCAGAGGUGGACGGGGAUAUGUGCCAGCAACCUAUCUAUCCCAUUAAUGUUCUAUCGACAUUCAAGGACAACCAUACUAUGCUGAUUCUGAAUUCUUUGGAUACGUUUACUAUAUAUGAAUACAUUUAUUCAUGUAAAGGAGAGAGAGAGAGAGAGAGAGAGAGAGAGAGAGAGAGAGAGAGAGAGAGAGAGAGAGAGAGAGAGGUCUUGAAAAGGUCACUGAGAGGUCGUCGGGAGAGGACGUGUCCGAGGUCGCUCCGGCAGUGUGAGAACCAUAUAUCAUAUCGAA